CACAGACUCCGCAGCACACCCACCCAGCGGACGAGAGGACACAUGGCGAUUGGCGGCAACUCGAACGAGCUUGCGUGCGUGUAUGCGGCGCUGAUCCUUCACGACGACGGGCUGGAGAUCUCAAGCGACAACAUCGCCCUCAUCCUCAAGGCGGCCAAAAUCGAGGUUGAGCCGUAUUGGCCCACGCUCUUCGCCAAGCUCUGCAAGGGCAAGAAUGUUGGGGACAUGCUCUCUGCGGUUGGCAGCGCUCCGGCUGGCGGCGGCGGCGGCGGCGGCGGCGGCGGCGGCGGCGGCGCUGCUGCUGCCCCCGCGGCUGAGGCUGCGGCGCCGGAGAAGGCGCCCGAGCCCGAGGAGGAGGAGGAGGAGAUGGGCUUCGACCUGUUCGACUAGAGCGCACCUGUCUGUUGUGAGGGCCUGCUACACUGGGGACCGGCGUCCGGGCAGCGAGCCAGAGCGCUGGCAGUUGCAACACCCACCAAGGGUGCAGACGCCGGCGCCGACGCGCAGCCGCCCAACCGCCGGCUCCCAGUGGGCGGGGGGAAGUCUUGUUGUAGCCACAAGCCAGCCCAAGCGGCAUCAAUCGCGAAAUUUCUUUUGUGUUUGUUCGCCGCAACUAGGGGAAAAAAAACUGUUCAGUUUUC